UUUGAUAACGUAUUGAGUCCCGUCGCAGUGUUAAUGGUACUCUUCAAAAGACCGUUUACAACCUCGACUUCCCUGGAAGAGCGCUUGUCUGUGUCACGUGACAUAAACAAACAGUUGUGCCUCUAAAGCCAGUUUAAAAACCGCAGAAGCACUCAGAAAACCUCAGCCAACUCUCCACUACCUUCACAAGGCAACACCACUCUCAUCUUACAACUUGCCAAGUGUCGUCAGCAUGUCUCCAAAUGAAGAUCUGGAGUGUCCAGUGUGUUUCCACGACUACUCACGAAGUCAUCGGGUCCCACGCUUGCUGCACUGCAGUCACACCUUCUGCGCCCCUUGUUUGGAGAAACUGGCCAUCGCCGACAACGUGAUCCAAACAAUCUGCUGCCCUCUGUGUCGCUGUGUCACCACCUUUCAAGCCAGCCUGGCCUUGCCCGAGGCAUUGUGGGUAAACACCGAGAUCUGGGAUCGGAUACCGGAGAAAGAGCCAAAAAAGAAGGGCAUCAAGGGGGAAUCUGUGAAAAGUUUGAACAAGCAGCUCAUCAGGACAAUGUUCUCGGAUUCAAAUCACACUGCUUUCAAGUCCAAGCUACAUAAAGUGUUCAACUGUUUUGUGAUGGAUGACGGACUAUCUUGGGAGCCUGAUGCUUUUGUUGUCAUCUGACAUUCAUCUCAGUGCAACAUUCCACAUUGCGCACUCUGGGCACGCAUUCUAUACUUUGUAUCAAAGUUGUG